AUGGCUACAGGGCAGGUGUGGCUGCAGGUGUGGCUACAGGGCCGGUGUGGCUACAGGGCAGGUGUGGCUACAGGGCAGGUGUGGCUGCAGGGCCGGUGUGGCUACAGGGCAGGUGUGGCUACAGGGCAGGUGUGGCUGCAGGUGUGGCUACAGGGCAGGUGUGGCUGCAGGGCAGGUGUGGCUGCAGGGCAGGUGUGGCUGCAGGUGUGGCUACAGGGUAGGUGUGGCUGCAGGGCAGGUGUGGCUGCAGGGCAGGUGUGGCUGCAGGGCAGGUGUGGCUGCAGGGCAGGUGUGGCUGCAGGGCAGGUGUGGCUGCAGGUGUGGCUACAGGGCAGGUGUGGUUACAGGGUAGGUGUGGCUAAAGGGCAGGUGUGGCUACAGGGCAGGUGUGGCUACAGGGCAGAUGUGGUUACAGGGUGUGGCUACAGGGCAGGUGUGGCUACAGGGCAGAUGUGGUUACAGGGUAGGUGUGGCUACAGGGUAGGUGUGGCUACAGGGCAGGUGUGGCUGCAGGUGUGGCUACAGGGUAUGGCUACAGGGCAGGUGUGGCUGCAGGUGUGGCUACAGGGUAUGGCUACAGGGCAGGUGUGGCUGCAGGUGUGGCUACAGGGUAGGUGUGGUGGCUACAGGGCAGGUGUGGUGGCUACAGGGCAGGUGUGGCUACAGGGCAGGUGUGGCUACAGGGCAGGUGUGGCUGCAGGGCAGGUGUGGCUGCAGGGCAGGUGUGGCUGCAGGUGUGGCUGCAGGUGUGGCUACAGGGUGUGGCUGCAGGUGUGGCUACAGGGUAGGUGUGGCUACAGGGCAGGUGUGGCUGCAGGGCAGGUGUGGCUGCAGGUGUGGCUGCAGGGCAGGUGUGGCUGCAGGUGUGGCUACAGGGUAGGUGUGGCUAAAGGGCAGGUGUGGUUGCAGGUAUGGCUACAGGGCAGGUGUGGCUACAGGGUAGGUGUGGUGGCUACAGGGCAGGUGUGGCUGCAGGUGUGGCUACAGGGUAGGUGUGGCUACAGGGCAGGUGUGGCUACAGGGCAGGUGUGGCUGCAGGGCAGGUGUGGCUGCAGGUGUGGCUGCAGGGCAGGUGUGGCUGCAGGGCAGGUGUGGCUGCAGGUGUGGCUGCAGGGCAGGUGUGGCUACAGGGUAGGUGUGGCUAAAGGGCAGGUGUGGUUGCAGGUAUGGCUACAGGGCAGGUGUGGCUGCAGGUGUGGCUACAGGGCAGGUGUGGCUACAGGGCAGGUGUGGCUGCAGGUGUGGCUGCAGGGCAGGUGUGGCUACAGGGCAGGUGUGGCUAAAGGGCAGGUGUGGUUGCAGGUAUGGCUACAGGGCAGGUGUGGCUGCAGGUGUGGCUACAGGGUAGGUGUGGCUACAGGGCAGGUGUGGCUGCAGGUGUGGCUGCAGGGCAGGUGUGGCUACAGGGUAGGUGUGGCUAAAGGGCAGGUGUGGUUGCAGGUAUGGCUACAGGGCAGGUGUGGCUGCAGGUGUGGCUACAGGGUAGGUGUGGCUACAGGGCAGGUGUGGCUACAGGGCAGGUGUGGCUGCAGGUGUGGCUGCAGGGCAGGUGUGGCUGCAGGUGUGGCUGCAGGGCAGGUGUGGCUGCAGGUGUGGCUGCAGGUGUGGCUGCAGGUGUGGCUGCAGGUGUGGCUGCAGGUUUAG